AUUACUAGUUUGAUGUUAAUCCCAUGGCAUUUAUUUGCGUCAUUGACUACGUUGGGUUUGGUCAAAGUUGGAAUAAAGAACCAAAUUUUUCACUCAAACAUGAUUGGAGAUAUAUACCAUUACGUUUCUCAUGUACAAACAACUAUAUGUAUAUACAUAUAUACAGAAGACAAAGCUGGCACAUUUAGGCAAAGCAUAUAUAGCUGGCUCAGCUAAUUAAUUCCCUUUGAAGAAUUAAUAUUUCUGUAGCUUAAUUAGUGCCUCAAUCGACUUCUCAGAAAUAAAUUGAAAUUUUUGAGUUCAUAUUCUGCACAAAACACAAAGUGUGUUAUAUUCUUCAGCUGCACCACAAGAAGGGGAAGAAAAAAAACAAAAGCAAAAAUGGGUUUUUUAGAACUUUUGGAAGCGGCUUCUAUGCCAGUUAUUCAAGUUCUACUCAUUAGUGCAUUGGGAGCUUUCAUGGCUACUCAAUAUUUCAAUAAUCUUCUUUCACCAGAGUUUAGGAAAUCCUUGAACAAGGUUGUGUUCAUUGUAUUCACUCCUUCACUUGUGUUUUCAAGUUUUGCCAAAAGUGUUUCACUUCAAGAUAUGAUAUCAUGGUGGUUUAUGCCUGUUAAUGUUGGAUUAACCUUCUUAAUUGGAGGAAUUUUAGGAUGGAUACUAGUAAAAUUACUAAAGCCUAAUUUGAAAGUUGAAGGCCUUAUUAUUGCUUCUGUUUCAUCAGGAAAUAUGGGUAACCUACCUAUUGUAAUUAUCCCUGCAAUAUGUGAUGAGAAUGGAGGUCCAUUUGGUCCACGUGAUGUUUGUCAUAGUAAUGCUCUCUCAUAUGCAUCUUUCUCUAUGGCACUUGGUGGUAUCUUCAUAUGGACCUAUACUUAUCAAACUAUAAGAAGCCGUUCAUUGAAAUUUAAGGCACUUGAGGCUGCUGAAAUCAUAAAGGCACCCAACAAAGAUCUUGAUGGAAAUGUAGAUACUCCUCUUCUACAUGGAAAAGAUGAUGAAAACACCGCGAUAGAAGUGGCACCGUUGAGUUACAUUGAUGACUCCGAAAGCCAAAUUAUUGAUGAACAAGAUCAGCCUAUUGUAUUGAAGAAGGAGAAACAAUCAUUUUUUCAUAAAAUGAUAGAAGUUCUAGGUGAUCUUGUAGAGGAACUAAUGUCACCACCAGCAAUUGCUACAUUUUUCGGUUUCCUCUUUGGCGCUGUCGCAUGGUUAAGGAACUUAAUAAUUGGAGACAAUGCUCCAUUCAGUGUAAUCCAAGACACUCUUGAAUUACUUGGGAAUGGAACAAUUCCUUGCAUCACACUUUUGCUUGGUGGUAACCUUACUCAAGGCUUGAAAUCAUCAAGUGUCAAACCAUUGACACUCAUCUCAAUCAUCGUAACUCGCCUUUUCGUACUACCUCUUAUUGGAUUGUUUAUUGUCAAAGCCGCAGCGAAUUUCGGCUUUCUCCCUGUGGAUCCUUUGUUUCAGUACACUCUAGUGAUGCAGUAUGCAAUGCCACCAGCAAUGAAUAUUAGUACUAUGGCUCAGCUGUUUGAUGUAGGAAAUGAAGAGUGUUCUGUUAUUCUGUUGUGGACAUAUAGUGCUGCAGCUAUAGCACUCACUGCUUGGUCAACAUUCCUAUUGUGGUUAUUAUCUUAUUAAGGUGCACUUCGUUACCGACUCUUUUUACUAUUCGGCCAUCAGUAAUACUGAUGACCGCAGAGUCAAAAAGAUUCAGUACAUUAUACAAAAGAUCACUCUUCAAGAGAUUUGAGGCUUGUUUGGUGUUCGUUUCUAUUACAUGUUCUAUGUUAAACUGGUGUGGACUAAGGUUUAAAGGAUCUGAGUUCAAAUUCUGAUAAAAGAGAAAAUACUACAAAAAAAACUAAUAUACUAACAUUUGUUUAUAAAAAAAUUACCAAAAAAAUACAAUGUUUUCGUUUAUAAAUUUUCUAGACGGCCGGUGCCGCGGAUAAUGGCUGUGUGGCUAUUGACAACUUAUGCAGUAGACAGAUUGUCCUCACCUCUUUUGUUUCAAUCAAGAUAAGAAGAGGAAUGUGAUGAUGGUUAAGAUUUUUGAGUGAAAAUCUUGGCAAUGUUGGCUCUCAUAUAUAUCAACUAAUGCCAGAAAACAAAGAAGUUUGGAGUUUGAGAUGAUUACUUUCAUGUCCCUCCAUAAAAUGCUGCCAUUCAGAAUAAGUAUCUAGCUAAGACAUAUCCAAUUUCCUUAGUCCUAUAUUUUUGCCCCUUCUAUAGGAAAAAGAUAGUAUUAUUUAUUGAAAAUUGAAAAAUGUAUAUUUGUGUUUUUUAUGUCGUAGGUCUGUACUGGAAAAUAUUGUACACAUAUUUAUUUUUUAUUUUAUUGUUUUGAUUUUUUGUACUAGUAAUUUUUAUCUUGGUGUGAUCCUUUUGAA